AUAGUUGAAGGAGUGCAGCAACACGGGAUGCUGUAGUGUAUAGGAAGACUGGACAACAUGGCGGUCACUUUUCAGCUUCUAGCACUGGUCCACAUUCUGCUAUGCUGUGGAGCUCUUCAUUUCCGGAAAAUGGAGUUUGCAAUCCAGCACACCUGGGACAGCAAUCCGGUGGAUCAUGAACCCAUCAGGUUGGCCUACUCUGACGGGAAAUCGGGGUUGAAAAUUGAAGUCUCUGGUCCGUUCUUUAAGGGUUUUCAUCCUCCAGCUGAACCCGGCCUUCCGGACCUCUCGCUCAAGAUUUAUGAAGUUGCAAGCUCAGUAUUCCUGGAUAGCACAAAAAACAAUUACCUGGAGGUGGUGCUUUGCCCAUACGGACAACACCUAAUAGUUUUGAAAGCAGCCGGAUAUCCGCUCUAUCAACUACUGCCAAUUGAGUUCACAACCACAAUCACGGGGGACACAUGGCAGGGUCAGGCUUUAAUCCCAUGGACAUACUUCCCCCCCAAUGUCAACAAGAUGAACUGCUAUGCCAGCCACGGAAUAAGAGAGAAUCGAACACACGAAGCACUCUACCCCAUUCCCAAAGAGGACCUAGUGGAAGGCCUGUACCCCGACGCAAUUUACCAGGAGUAUUUCCAAAAUUUCCGGCUGCAGAGCAUCAUGGGAGAGGAUUGGGUGCAGCCUGAAUCCGAUCUGUGGAGGGGGAAGGCCUGAGCUUCCAAGAAAAAAAAAAAAACCAUCAUUCUUUUCUGUGUUUUCUUGUCUUUUGCACACACACACGCACACAUACACACAAUCAUCACAGAAGCAAAAGGGCAACUGUGCAAAAUGCUCUCUGACAGCAGCCAAAGGACAAUCAAUCUUUAUUACUUAAUGAUGUAAAACAAUAUGACAGAAAAAAAUGUUAUCAGCUUGUCAGACAGUGUUACACUUCACACACAUCUGUCCAAGCACCCAGAUACACUCGUCACAUAAUAUUGGGCAUGAGCAUAAAUCACAUCAGCACAUUGUGACCUAUCUACCGUUCUCGAUUGCUUUGGUGAUAAGGGCUUCUUGUGUAACCCGAGUUUUAUGCAACGCUGAUAAGCAGCAACAAGACCUAAUAAAUAAAUAAAACAUUGUUUUAUGUAAUCUGUGUUUUGUCCCUG